AUAAAAGAGGUCCACGGGUCCUCUCUGGAGCAUCGUCGCCUUAACGUUCCUCCUCUGACGUUGACCUCUGGAACGCCAUUUUCAUGGAACGUCCACCUUCAACAAGCUCUUCUCUCUAUCUGAUAAAGUUGAUUUUCCACUAAACUUGAUUCAAAUCGCCUCUUCCAAUUCCGUUUCGAUCUCUAUUUGAUUUUCCCCCAAAAAUGACGAGUUCCUCCAAGCUCGAAAGCGACCAGCCACUUACGCCGGCCGGCCGCCUCUUUCUCCGUCCUGAAAUCAACCAGAUUAUCCACUGCGUCAUCGGACUUCGGAACUCAAUCGACGUCGAUUCCAUCAAAUCUCAAAUCGCCGAUUCCGUAAUGAUCCAGCACCCUAGGUUUUCGAGCCUCCUAGUUCGCGAUCCGAACGGCGUUGAAUACUGGCGGAGGACUUCAAUAGAAGUCGACCGCCACGUCAUCGUCGUUUCCGAUCCUGUAUCGGACGACGGAGCAAGCAACGAGAACGCGGUCAACGAUUAUUUGGCUGAUUUAUCGACUUCUUCGACGAUGGAUAUCAAUAAGCCUCUUUGGGAGAUUCAUUUACUUUUGGCGCACAAUUGCGUUAUUUUCCGAAUCCAUCACGCGCUCGGCGAUGGAAUCUCGUUGAUGUCGCUGUUUUUGACAUGUUGCCGGCGAGCCGACGAUCCGGACGCGCUGCCGACGAUCGUUUCGGAUUCGAAGACGGCGAGGAAAGCGAGGCAGAAGAGGUGGGCGGAGGAAUUACCGAAGAUGCUUCUGGCGUUGUUGAUGACGGUGUGGUUUAGCUUCUUGUUUGUGGGAGAGUUUAUAUUGAGGGCGCUUUGGGUUUCUGACCGGAAAACGCCGAUCUCCGGUGGCGAUGGGGUGGAGCUAUGGCCGAGGAAAGUAGCGACGGCCAAGUUCGCGGUGGAGGAUAUGAAAGCGGUUAAGAACGCUGUUUCUAACGCUACGAUAAAUGACGUUCUUUUUAGCGUGAUAGGGGCAGGCUUAUCCCGAUACUUGGAGCACAGGCAACCCAACAGUUUGAAAGAAGGACUUCAGUUAACGGGGGUAGCCAUGAUUAAUCUUAGAGAACAACCAGGGUUGCAGGAUUUAGCUGAUAUGAUGAAGGGAAAUAAUGGAUCUCGAUGGGGAAACAAGCUAGGGAUCCUUCUCCUUCCUGUAUACUAUCAUAAGAAAAUGUCCGACCCUCUUCAAUAUAUGAAGAGAACAAAGAAGAUGAUUGACCGUAAGAAACGUAGUCUUGAAUCAUAUUUUUCAUAUGGAAUUGGUAAGUUUGUAAUGUCGUGGUUGGGAGCAAAGGUAGCUUGCAUCCUUAAUUAUAGGAUUAUGUGCAACACAAGUUUCACAAUCUCAAACGUAAUUGGUCCAAAAGAAGAGAUUAGUGUUGGAGGCAAUCCCAUUACAUAUAUUAGAGCUACUUCAACAAGCUUGCCUCAUGCAAUAACGAUGCAUAUGAUGAGCUACGCUGGAAGAGCUGAUAUGCAAAUUCUUGUGGCUAAAGAUAUCAUUCAUGACCCGGAAUUUCUUGCUAAGUGCUUUGAGAAUGCUUUGUUUGAAAUGAAAAUGGCUGCCACGACGCUUAAUGUAAAAUAGCAUCAAAAGUUAUUUUUACAAGUUCUUACGCAUGCCAAAAUUCUUUCAUAGGGUUAUAAAAAUGGGACGGAUUAAACCCAUUUUCAAUCUUAUGGCCAUAUUUCAUAAA